AUGCUAAAGCCCUUCCAGGAGUCUGAGGCUUUGGUACCUGCUAUGCAGAAGAUGCUUGUGAUGCCGCAAUGCUUAAUUUUCAUCGUCAGUGUGGCUGGAUUCCAUGACGCCCUCUGGCAAGGAGACGAUGAGCAGGCAGUUUUCACAGAGGGCAGAGAGACCAUUAUUUUGGUAGAUAGUUGGGGGGUGCUCUUCUCUAAGAGUGAACAAGUCGGAAAGAAGUUCUUUGUGAGCAGUGGUAGAAAGACGAACUUUGAUGGAGCGAAGGCUCUGUGUGCCCUAAUACAGGGCUCGGUGGCCACUCCCAGGAAUGGUGAGGAAAACAGGGCCCUCCAGAACGUGGCUAAAGACAUCGCCUACCUGGGAAUAACAGAUAAGAGGACUGAAAACCGGUUUGAGGAUUUGACAGGCAGGAGAGUGCACUACACUAACUGGAAUGGGGGUGAGCCCAAUAACACCGGCCUUAAGGAACACUGUGUGGUGCUCUUGUUGGAUGGCAAGUGGAAUGAUGUCCCCUGUGACGACACCUUUUUAGCAGUCUGUGAAUUCUCUGAGUGA